AUGUCACAGGUGGGGGAUGCAGAGGGCUCCAGUCCAGAGGAUCCUGUUCUCCAUCCCCAACACAGAUGUGGGGACUUCCAGAAGGACAUAGCAGGGACCAUCCUCAUGCCAGACCUAAAAUCAGAGGCCCAGGUUUGGGCUUGGAGCAGGAAGAGGGGCCUCAUGGAGGGGUCCCAUCCAGGUGCCAGCUCCCAGGCUGGAGGUGCUUCUGAGGCAAGCUUGGAGGUUUUGGAGCUGCCAGCUUUGGAGCAGGGCCAAGAUUCCAGGCCUGGCCCCAGGCUCCACGUGCAGCUGCCCCCAGGGCCUGCUCAGGGGAGUGCUCAGCUCCCCCAGAGGCUCCAGGUUUCCCUGCAUGACAUCUUACAUACCAGAUGCCUCAGGGAUCUCUGUAGCACGUCACCAGGUCUCCCGAAGAGAGCACAGGUGGGCAGAGAGAGGCUGACAGGAGCCAAAGGGGCCAGCAGCCCCAGGCCCAGGGAGGUGGGAGAUGAAGACAUGUGCUCUCCAGGGUGUGAUGGGAGAAACCCCACACUCAACAAAGAGGCACCCCCUGGAAGGGGCCUUCCAUCCUCACCAGGCCCUAUGAGGUCACGAAGAAAAAGCCGGAAGUGUAGGGCCUUUUCCAAAGGUAGGAAAGGGGCUGAUGGCUUCUUGUGGCUUGAUCAGAGCCCUGGUGGGAACAGCCAGUCUGUGGGAGGCUCCCCCCAAGGUGCUGACCUGGAGUCCUUGGGGGGCCCCUGCAGGCCUCCCUCUCCCAAGGAUGCUGGGCCUAGAGAUCCAGUUGGGAGUUGGGUUGCGCGAGCCUCAGGGGCGGAGGAGUGUGAACACUUGCCUGCUGCUGGGUACCAGGCUCAGCCUGGCAGCCCCCACGGCUCUGUUGGGUUCCCAGUGCCCUUUGGAGAAGAGUCCCUCAGGCCCACUGCACAGGACCUUCUGCUGAACCCUGUGCUGUGUCUGGAAGUGCCAGGAGGGGCUUCCACAGAGCAGCAGGAAGCAGAGCCCCUGCUGGGGGUUGGCACUGAGAACCAGGAGGAGCUGGAGGCCAAGGCCCAGCCAGCACCCGGGGAGAGGCUAGGGUGGGAACUCGCUGCCCCUGCCGAUGCCUGUUCCAGCUCCCCAGAGAGCCUGGACAUCUUCAGCUCCUCCCUGGAGUCCGCCACCAUAGGCCCCCUCGCAGGGCAGAGAAGGCUAAGGAGAGGUCCCGCAUUCGGUGCCCAGGAGCACAGCACAGAUACACACUCAGACCACCCCUGCCAGGAUGAGCCAGAGGAAGCCAGCCCGGGAGGCUGCCCCAGACUGGAGGAAGUGAAAAUGCCCCAUGGGGUGAAGCUUGUAUCUUACCUCGGUUCUGGGGCGGUGAUCCAGCUCUUGGGGGCCAUCAGCCACGGCCAGGCUGGGGGACAGCAGCUGCUGAAGCUGGAGGCUCUAGAGGACUUCAUGGAGGCCGGCUCGGCCUUGCCGGCCCAGAGGCCCAGAAGGAGGGAAAGGGCCCAAACCCGGGGUUCUGCUGGUCACCAGGUUGUCCAUUCACCUCCUUUAGGAGGGACAGCACGUGACUCCGGAAGCCUCUCUGAUCCCUUCCUCCCUCCAAGCCGCUGUUCUGGGCCCCUAAAGGAUCCCUUCCCCAGGGCCGACUGUUCAGGGGGUGGCCUGACGGAGGCUGCAGAUGGGGAACCUCUCCAGGAAAGGGCAGAGGACUCAGCUGGACUUCAGCUUCAGCAGGAGAUGACCCCCCAGGAUCUCGUGGUUCGGGCUACUGUAGUGCGCGCCAUGCAGGAGGCACUGUGGAGUCGCCUACAGGAGUGUCCCGACCUGGUGCUGAGUGAGGAGGUGGUGGAGGGCAUCGCUGAGGACAUCGAGGCAGCCCUCUUUGACCUGACACAAGACACCAGUUGCCGCUACAAGACCAAGUACCGCAGCCUGCUGUUCAACCUGCGGGACCCCAGGAACCAGGACCUGUUUCUCAAAGUGGCUCAUGGGGACGUCACCCCCCACAAACUGGUGCGGAUGAACUCGAUCCAGCUGGCCCCUCAGGAGCUGUCCCGCUGGCGGGACCAGGAGGAGAAACGGGGCCUAGAGAUCAUUGAACAGCAACAGAAGGAGCCUCGUGGGCUUCCGACCUCCAAGUUGACCCACAAGGGCGAGGUGGAGAUCCCGAGGGAUGUGGACCAGACGCUGACCCUGGAGGACCUGGUGGGACCCGUGGUGUCUAGAGAAUGCAGCCCCCUGGCCCUGCCCGCCCCCCUGGAGGACACCACGGAGCAGCACCAUCACCACUUCCUGGACCCCAACUGCCGCAUCUGCACAGACUGCGAGGCCUUGAGCGGGCUGCCAGGCUUCUCCAGAGCCACCAGAAACAGGGAAGACCAGGUCUCCCAGAGAGCUCCAAGCCCAGCUCCUGUGUCCUCUCCAGAGAUGUCCCAAACCAGGGACACCCCUCUUACAGAGCCCCAGGACAGUCUGUUUGUCCCUCCCUCUAGGCCACAGAUACCUCCUGGGCCCACAAAAGCCUUGCCCAGCCCCCCGCCCUGGGAGGGUGCUCUUGACAUGUUCUCCAUCAAGCGGUUCCGAGUGAAGGCCCAGCUGGUCUCAGGACACAGCUGUCGGCUGGCCCAGGCUCUGCCUGAGGUGAUCCGCUCAGCAAGCUGCAUCCUGCCCAACGUUGUCUGGGACCUUUUGGCCAGCGUCUGCCCAGCUGAGGCCAAGGACAUCUGUGUGGUCAGACUGUGUCCCCUUGGGGCUCGGGACACCCAGAAUUGCCGCCUGCUGUAUUCCUACCUCAACAACAAGCAGCGCCAUGGCCUGGUGGCUGUGGCGCACGUGGAGGUGGUCCUGCUCCCGCUGCCCGCCUUCCAGCCCCUGCCCACCAGACUGCGCCCUCUGGGGGGCCCAGGUCUGGAGGCUACUCACUCAAGUCUCUUGCUGGCUGUGCUGCUCCCCAAGAAAGGACUCCCAGACCCAGCUAAGUCCAGCCCUGUGUGCAGGAAGGUUCGCAAGAUGGUCUCCUUCAACAGGAAAGUAGAGAUGCGGUGCUACCAGCAAGAGGACAGGAGGCAAGAUGUGCCCCUGAGAGGCUCCCCUCCCCCAGGGGGUUCCCUGCAGCAGAGCCAGGGCAAGGGUAGCCCACCUCCAAGGGGAGCCUGUGGUUGGCAGGGGUUUCCCAGAGGCAGGGGGAGGCUGCUGGCAGAGCCUGAAACCUGGCACCGUCCUGGGCGAGGGCAGAGGGCCCCAGCACCAGGAUGGUUCCAGUCCCAACAUCCCUUUUCAGUUAUACCAACUGUCCGUGGCUUUGGCCAUGGGCAGCACCUCCACAGGGCCUCCUGUCCCUACCAAGCCCUGCUCCAGCACCUUGAGUCCCUGGUUACUAUGACUCACCAGCUCCAAGCCUCAUUGUGGCCCCCAGGCCAGAACCCCCACCCCCCAUCCUCUGUAGCAUCUGCCCAGCCCCCUACAGCCCCAGGGAUUCUUGGCUUCCUCUGCCAGCCCCCUGCAGUUCCAGAACCCCCUGGCCCAGGCCCUGACCCCUCUUUGGGCCCUGUAGAUGGAUCUUUAUGAAUCAACAGGGAUCUUGAUUCCCUUACUCCAGACAGAGACAGGGUGGAGGAAGAAGAGGGUCAGCUCUCCCCACCUGUCUUGUUUGUUUCCUGUCCUGC